CUUGCCCUAAUGUACCAUAUAAAAUAAAGAUUAAAGGUGCUAAAAAUAUUAAAAAAUAUACAACAGAUGAAUUAACAAUUUUAAAUCCAUGUCAUUUACCAGAUAAACAGAUAAUAGAUGAAAUGAGUGAACCGAUUGUAACCGGUACUAUAUUAAUGCCUGAUGAUUAUAUUGGAGAUGUAACAUCUUUAUGUUUGGAAAGAAGAGGAGAAAUUAUAGAUCAAUCCUAUAUCGAUAAUAAAAGAAUAAUGAUCAAACUACAAUUACCACUUAAUGAAAUAUUGAUAGAUUUUUAUGAUGAAUUAAAAUCUUUAACUUCAGGUUAUGCCAGUUUUGAUUAUGAAGAUGCAGGGUACAAAGUUUCCACUCUUGUAAAGGUUGAUUUUUUUAUCAACAAUAAAGCUGUAGAUGAAUUAUCAAUAAUAUGUCAUACAAGUCGAGCACGAGUCAUAGCUAAAAAUGUUUGUAUUAAACUAACGGAGUCGAUACCCAAACAGUUGUUUACAAUCUCAGUACAAGGAGCAGUUGGUGGUAAAAUCCUGGCGAGACAAGAUAUUAAAGCUUUAAGAAAAGAUGUUUUAGCUAAAUGUUAUGGUGGAGAUAUUACACGUAAAGAAAAACUUCUUAAAAGACAAGCAGAGGGCAAGAAAAAGAUGAGGAAAAUUGGAAAAGUAGAAAUACCAAAAGAUGCAUUUAUUAAAGCGUUAAAAAGAUAGUUUUAACUAUUAUUGAAAAUAGACUUAUAUCGUGAAUACUUAUUAAUAAGGACAAUAAAAUACAUGUGAAAUCACUUAUUUUACAAUAUUUUUUACAGAAAUAAAUUAUUAUAAAAUA